GAAAGAGGUGAGUUGUGCCAGGAUUGCGUUUGGGAAUCCUCAAGCCCUGUGCAAGGCAGAUAACAGCAAAAUAGAGACCAUGAGGAUCAAGAGCUUUGGACUCCUUUGUGUGUUGAUGCUGGUCUCCCAGAUGCUGCUAGCCAAUUGUGAAAGACAGAGGGAAAGAAAAAAGGGAAGACAAGGCAAAAAAGAUGAUGGGAAAACCCCAACUGAAUCUACCCAAGGAAACGAAAAAGUGCAAAAGUCAAAAGGAGGAAAAUCAUCUCCUAGAGGCAAGUUUACAACCAAAGAGAAUGCUGAGUGCACCUGGGCAGUGGCAGACAUGAAUGCUGCUACUGUGCAUGUGGAGUGCAAGCAGGGUGACAACAAGUUCUGGUGUGAAUUCUCUGGAGACCCUUCCAGCUGUGCACAGUAUGCAGCAAACCAGAAAACCUACUGGAAACAAGUCUCCCGAUCUCUAAAGAAGCAGAAGCAUAUCUGUCAAGACCCCAGAAGUGUACUAAAAUCUAAAGUAUGCAGGAAAGGCCCACAAAGUGCUCACCUCAGGCUGACCCACUCAAGCCUACUAACAGCAGUGGGUGCUGACAAAGGGAACACAAAGCAUCACGUGCAAGAAGUUGUUCUGACUCCAGCAGCUGCCUCUGUGUCUGAAAAAACACCAGAACAGAGUCCUCAAGACUGUGUUGAAGAUGUAGAUUACAUUGACCAGAGAAAGGUGGCUGAGGAAUACUGUCCAGAAAGUUUGCUUUCUUUCUGCAACUUUUUUAUCACAAUGGUCCAAGACAAACGAUGCUGAAGAGGUGUUUCUAAAGCUCUGUAUCUGAAAGUCUAGUCUCAUCUAAGUUACUGCAAACUAUUCCAGAUUUUAUUCUCAUGUUAUAUAGUGUAUAUAAGAAAAAAGGAAUAUAUUUUUCUGAUUUUGUGUAUACACAACAGACUACACUUAAAAUAAAUGAAGAUGUUAUAAAUUUCAUUUGCCCAUAGAUUGCUACACAGGUAUCACCAAUGGAUGUUACGUACUUUAUGCAGAAGUGUGUGAGUUGUCUCCUUGGUCCUCUUUGAGCUGUGCUAGUCAAAGUGAUGUAUUCAGUGCUAUGCACUUGGUUACAUACAAUGCUUUUGACCUAAAAAUUAUUAAGAAAAAU